CGUCUCCACAUCUCUAUGAUUAGUGGCAGGGACACGUGACUGCUGGAGACACUGCCGCACGGCGGGUUCCGCGGCAGGAUGGACGCUGCUCCCACGUGUUUCUGCUCCGAGUCUGACUUUUGCUCAGAUUGUGGCUCAGUGCUGCCCCCUCCUGGCGCUCAGGAUACUGUCACCUGCCUCAACUGCGGUCAUCGUACACAAGUGACAGAGUUCCUGGGGAAAUACAUUCAGAGGUCGAUCAUGUUUAAUAAGCUUGAUACCAUAGCUUUGUCAGAGGAGUCCGAUGAAACAGGAGCUUUAAACGGACCCCUGAUCGAUAGGCGCUGCAGCCGCUGUGGAUGUGAGAAGAUGGUCUAUCACACGAGGCAGAUGCGCUCGGCAGAUGAGGGACAGACAGUGUUUUACACAUGUGUGCAAUGCCGUUUCCAGGAGAAGGAAGAUUCUUGAUGCAGCGAUUUCUAGAUUAAUUUAAAUAACAAAGUUCCAUUCAUUUUUUAUUAUUAUUAAAAUAAAGCAUUAUAUUUCGUUCAAAC